CAAAGUUAACUUAAUAUAUGUAUAACAAAUCUACACACAUGAUUCAUAUAUUUUAACAGUAGAGUAAUUUAUUACUUAUACAUAGUAUAUAAUACUCCAUAUAUAGUAAUACAGUAGUAAUUUGUAGUAAUCAUACUGUAGCUAGUUGAAGUUUGGAAAUAUAUAUAAAUAAAUAUGGCAUUGUUACGUAAAUUGUUUUACAAGAAACCUCCUGAUGGACUUGUUGAGAUCUCUGAACGUCUUUAUGUCUUUGACUGCUGUUUCACUACGGAUGCUCGAGAACCAGAAAAUUAUAAAAUUUAUAUGGGAAACACGAUUGGUCAGCUUAAGGAGCAUUAUCCAGAUGCUUCUGUUCUGAUAUUUAACUUCGGGGAGAAAGAAUCAAACCAGAUUGCCUCUGCUUUGUGGGAUUAUGACUUAACCAUUAUGGACUACCCGAGGCAGUACGAAGGUUGCCCAUUGCUCCCGAUGGAGGUAAUCCAUCAUUUCUUAAGAUCAAGUGAAAGCUGGCUUUCCCUUGGGCAGCAAAAUAUUCUUUUGAUGCAUUGUGAGCGGGGUGGUUGGCCGGUUUUGGCCUAUAUGUUGGCUGCACUCUUGAUUUACAAAAAGCAGUACACUGGGGAAUACAAGACGCUGGACAUGGUUUAUAAGCAAGCUCCGUGUGAACUGUUGCAGUUAUUGUCGCCUUUGAAUCCCAUACCUUCUCAGCUGAGGUACUUGCAAUAUGUAUCAAGGAGGAAUGUUACUACAGAAUGGCCUCCAUCGGUCAGGGCACUCACUUUGGAUUGUGUGAUUAUCCGAAUGAUUCCUGAUUUCGAUGGAAAUGGUGGUUGCUGUCCUAUUUUCAGGAUUUAUGGACAAGAUCCUUCCUUUCCUAGUGAUAAAACUCCCAAACUUCUGUUCUCAACCUCAGAGAGGAGCAAGAAUGUCCGAUACUACAAACAGGAAGAAUGUGAACUGGUUAAAAUUGAUAUCAAUUGCCAUCUACAAGGUGACAUUGUGCUGGAGUGUAUCAGCUUAAAUGGAGAUGUAGGUCGUGAAAAGAUGAUGUAUCGUGCCAUGUUUAACACAGCAUUUAUCAGGUCAAAUAUUUUAAUACUCAACCGUGAUGAAAUUGAUAUUCUUUGGGAUGCUAAGGAUUUAUUUCCUAUGGAUUUCAGGGCUGAGCUUCUUUUCUCCGACAUGGAUGCUGCAGCUUCUGCAGUUCCAGUAGAUUUCGCUGGUUUUGAAGAGGAAGGUCUUCCUAUAGAAGCAUUUGGUAAGAUUCAAGAGAUGUUUAACAGUGUCGAUUGGCUAGACCCUAAAAGUGAAGCCGCCCUAAAUGUUCUCCACCAGAUAGCUACAUCAGAUAUUGUCAAAGAAAAGUUGGAAAUUGCUUCCAAACACCAUGGUGGAGAAAAGGUUAAUGGCCAAGCUUUUGGACCUAUAAGUGAUGUGGUAACACAUAAGUUACAAUCAUCGCCAUCAUCACCAAAGUCACCUUCACUUCCAGUUGAGAAGUCGGCUGUCAUGCACCAAAAGUCUCCAGUGGCAGAGCCUCAUCUUCCGUCUAGUGAACAAUCACAGGAAGUUGCAGAUAGUAAGGUCAAACCUAUACCACCUCCUCGCAUCCCAUCAUUAAAGGAUACUAAGGUGACUACAAUUGAACCUUCUACUCCUACAGCCCCUCUAACCCCUCUGUUGAGGGACAAAAGAGGUUCUGUACUUGAACCGUGCCGAUCUCCUCCAACUGGUCAUAAAACCGAGUCCGCGUUCCUCUUUUCUAUCCUCCAUCCUAGUCAAGAAAAGGAUAAACCAGAUAAUAAGGUUGAAUAUUCUCAACACUUCCCUUCUCCACUAGCCCCGUUAACUCCUCCGUUGAAGGACCAAUCGACUAGGACUAAAGCAUCUGUACCACCACCACUGCCAACUCCUCCUCCUCCUCCACCACCCCUGCCGUUGAAAGACAAGACAGUUAUGAGAACCGGUCCCUCUCCACCACCACUGCCUCCUCCUCCACCCCCAUCAGUCAAACACAAGCCAGUUAUGAGAGCAGAUCCGUCUCCAGCAUCCCUACCUCGUUCUGCAACGGAAGGUACAGAAGAAAUAGUCUUCUCACCGUUGCCCCCUCCACCACCUAUCCCAGCUCUUAAAUUCUUAGGCUCACCGCCUCCACCUCCACCAAUCCCUUCUGUUAAUGGCAAUGUGAACGGGGGUGUUAUUCCACCCCCACCGCCACUCCUAUCAAGAGCAGGCAAUGUUUCUGGAGGUCCUUCUCCACCACCUUUGUUUAAGGGUCGUGCUUUGUCCAAAGCUGGUUCUUUGAAAAAUCAACAAGGCAAGAAGCUGAAGCCUUUGCAUUGGCUAAAGCUAACAAGAGCAGUCCAAGGGAGCUUGUGGGCCGAGGCUCAAAAAUCUGGUGAAGCGGCAAAGGCACCAGAGAUUGAUAUAUCAGAACUUGAGUCUCUCUUUUCAGCAACGAACCCAAAAGAACAAGGGGAUGCAAAAUCAAAAUCUCGGACAGCUGUAGCUAAUAGACCAGAAAGAGUGAAACUGAUCGAUCACAGGAGGGCAUAUAACUGUGAGAUCAUGCUUUCAAAGGUCAGAAUACCACUGAAUGAAUUGAUGGACUAUGUCCUUAAUUUGGAAGAGUCGGUAAUUGAUGCAGAUCAAGUGGACAACCUUAUAAAGUUUUGUCCGACAAACGAGGAGAUGGAGACGCUCAAGGGUUACAAAGGAGAGAAGGAUAAACUGGGCAAGUGCGAACAGUUCUUCUUGGAGCUAAUGAGAGUUCCACGUACGGAAUCUAAGCUCAGAGUUUUCUCCUUUAAGUUACAGUUUAAGGCACAGGUUUCUGAUCUUAGGAAUAGCCUAAACAUUGUCAAUUCGGCAGUAGAAGAGACCAGGAGUUCUGCUAAAUUAAAGAGAGUUAUGCAAACAAUUCUUUCUCUGGGCAAUGCGCUGAACCAGGGGACUGCGAGGGGUUCUGCUGUUGGGUUCAGGCUGGAUAGCCUCCUAAAACUUACAGAAACACGUGCAAGGAAUAAUAGAAUGACUCUCAUGCAUUAUCUUUGCAAGGUGCUUGCUGACAAGCUACCUGAAGUCCUUGAUUUUUCGAAGGAUCUUGGCAGUUUGGAACCUGCAGCAAAAAUUCAACUGAAAUAUUUGGCAGAGGAAAUGCAAGCUAUUAGCAAAGGAUUAGAGAAAGUCGUCCAGGAAUUGUCAAUGGCUGAAAAUGAUGGACCUGUUUCUGAUAAGUUCCGAAAGGCUCUGAAGGAGUUCCUUUGUUCAGCAGAAGGGGAAGUAAGAUCCUUGGCAUCUUUGUAUUCUGCUGUGGGUAAAAAUGUAGAUGCUUUAAUUCUUUACUUUGGUGAGGAUCCAGCUCGUUGCCCAUAUGAGCAAGUUGUUUUAACUAUGCUGAAGUUUGUGAGAAUGUUCAAUCAAGCUCAUGAAGAAAACGCCAAGCAGUUAGAGGCGGAGAAGAAGAAGGUGGAGAAGGAAGCCUCAAAUGAAAAGUUAAAACGACCUCAUAUCAAGUCAGAACACACACCACAAUCUCCUUUAAAAAGUGGCAAAUAACUGUUCUAUUUCCUAUUCGGUCUUGCUUAAAAAGUAUUAUGGAAACAAUGAAGCGUCAUGAGUUUUCCUGCCCUAUAUGAUGAUGAUGAAGGCCGUUUCCAGGAUGUAAAUUUAAAAUGUAAAUUUGUACAGUAGAAGAGUAAAGGGUUGCAGCGUUUAGGGAUUUCCGGUUAAGAGUUGUGAGUAUAUUUUUUCCCGCACUCAACAGCUUGUAAAUACACAGGAAAGUGGAGCUGCAUUAAAGGUUAGAUGAGGUUUUCCUUUUUAUUUAAUCAAGAAAUGUGAAAUUAAGAGACACUUAACAAAGUAGCUGAUGCAGUAUAGUUUUUAAGUUUGUUAGUUGUUGAAUUUUGUUUAUUGAAGUGAAGCAAAAGCAAUGUUUUAGAAAUUAGAACUCAAAAAGUGGGUUAGCUCAAAAGAGCCGACACUUGAUGUUCAAACUAGUUACGGUGUAAAGAGUGUUGAAUCAGAACAUGUGUUGAACUGGUUUUUCAUUUGAGAAAAAAGUUUGUGUUGAUCGACGGCA